AUGGCGGCCGUUGACGACGAGAUGUUCCAGCACGACAAUUUUUCUCCUUCCGAUUGUAAGUAUUUUCUAAGAUUCUUGAAAAAAACCGAUGAAAUGAGUUCGAGGUUUUUUUCAGUUAUUCGAGAUCGAUUGAAAGGGGUGAAGACUGGAGAAGAAACUCGGAAGCUUCGUGCUCUGCGUUCAGAAAUGAGCGCUCUGAACAAUGCAUCGCAAGAAAUGUUGAAGAAUAACGUAUUUCACAACUACCAACAGUUCAUAGAUUCGUCCAAAGAAAUUUCGCGUAAGAAUUUCAGCUCGUUUUCUGUGACAUCUUUUUUUUUUAGAUCUCGAGCAGGAAAUUUACCAGUUGUCUUCACUACUUCAAGAUCAGAAGCAGGUCAUAGAAAAUUUAAUAAUCAUGACAGGUUUCCGCAAUACUCGAAAAUAAUUCAAAGCUUUUUCGUUGAAGGAGACGAUAAGGGCUCGAUACACACUGUUUCGAGCCACUCUACGACCGCAUCCAGCGCCAAUCCAAUCCAACUGCUCAUGCAGAAAAUGGAUGGAAUCGGGGUUACUUCGAUCAAGUUUUCUCGCAUUGAUUUUUUAGGGUAUUUUGAACAAUAUGUCGAGCUCGGAGAAAAUAAUACUUCAUGGCGAAAUGGACCUCCUGGAUCCCGAAACGAAAGCGCCGCUGCAACGUUGCAUGUUGAUUCUGCUCUCUCACCGUCUCAUCAUCGGCAACAGCACGACGACGGGCAAAUACAGGUAUACUCCGACUUUUUAUCGAAUAACCGUGAAACAGCAUGGAGUCGACCCUUUCUCUUAACAACGUGGCGGCCGUCAACGUCAAAGAUCGCGAAUCCGGCGCCGCGGCGGCUGGGCGUCUUCUCAAGUUGCUCAUCUUUCCAGAACACAGGUUUUGGUCUUUCAAUGAUUCGUUUGAUUUUUCUACACCAAGUUUCAAUCAACAAAAGUUCCUCUUGAGGACUUGGUUUUCAGUUUGAAGAAUUGUCAACUUGGUCUUUCUCUAAAGUCAUAUUUUUUUUUGAAAAGUGCUCAUAUCUGUGCUUUUUUGAGUAGACCCUUUGAUUCGCAGUUAAAAGCUCUAAAGUAUACUGCUUUUGCCUCAAACUCUGUUUUUUUCUGCCCCUAUGCCUCCAACUUGAUUCUUAAUCGAAUAGAAAUCGCCAAAAAGAGGAGCUGAAAAGCUUUUCGAAGAGAUGAAAAUAAAUCUAGGGCCCGAUAAAUCUCAUUCUGAAGGUAUUAAAAAGUCAGAUAGAAAAUAAGAAGCAUUAUACGAAUUUUCCACCACCCCGUGCUCUUCAAUCAUCGAUCUGCUUCAGAUAUUACCGCUGCGAGAGUGCCAGAGUUAAGAAGUUGUGGCUGGAUGAACUCGAACAGGCGAAAAGGGAGAUUCUGCACGAAGGCAGUUUGGUUCGACAGGCUACGAUUCGCGGCAAGCGACAGACUGUCAAGGUUUUUUUUCCACCCGCACUUUUCUGUCUCAAAAAGAUAAUCUUUCCAUUAUGUGGAUACUUACUUUAUAAGAAGAAAAAAUAAUUUUUUGAUUUUCCUGAGGACGUAGGCAGAAAGUGCAAAAGCCCAAAUGUGCUUCAAAGAAUAAAAAAAACAUUUUUUUAUUGUUAGUCGUACUGAAUAUAUUCAUCAUCGUAUCUUUGUUUUACGUGUAUUUGUUAUUUUGCGCAAAAUCACUGCUGCCUACAGCCUUUGUUAUACCACGAUCGGGAAAAAAGUUUGUUUAGGAUCGAACGAAGAGUCUGCAAAACAGCGACGUGAAGACCACGGUAUUGCACGAGAUGGAAGAGACGGAGAAUGAGCCAGAGAAAAGUUUGACGUCAAAAGUCCGAACGAAUUUCGACGCGCAAUUGCAGACGAACAGGACCUGCAAUGGUUAGCGGAGCUGCCGGCGGAGCUGGACGACUGCAUCGCGCAUCGCGACCUCGAACAGGCAGUCGAGCUCAUCCACGAGUGGCGUCUCUGCGUCACCAAAGACGCCGUUAUAGACGCCCAGCUCCAGAUGCGCGAGAACCAGGUUGUUGUUUUGUGGGAAUACACAGUAAACUUUCGAAUAAAAAGUCUUCAAUGCUUUUGAAACAAAAUAUACAUAAAUUUUUUUCUUUAUUUUUUUUUACUUUUUUGUGAACAUUGCGCUUUCUUUUCAAGUCCUUUUUUUCAGAUAGUUCAACUACUAAGCGAAGACGUCAGUCGACCUGGCGCCAUCCACGGCGGUCCGCGAGCCAUGAAGAAAGCACGGACUCUGUUGACGCAACUCGGACGAGGUGCGUCCCGAGGAACUUCUGAAACCCUAGCCGCAACCCGCAGGAACCUACGCGACCGACGUCUACCUGCGCAGAAGAAGCGCAAUGCAACGCGCGGCUCUGCGUGACGUCACCGUCUCCGAAGAACCCAUUUCCUACGUGCGGCAGCUCUGCGGCCUCUACUCCAACUCCGUCGCCGACAUCGCCAACGAAUAUCGCUCGCAACCUCAGUACUACUGCCAGGUGCGUUAUUUUUUAGUUUUCUGAUGAAGGUCCUUUAAGGGACGUUGAGUCAAAUUUUCGUCGAUUUCAUCAAAAUUUCUGAAAGAUGAAUUGAAAUGAAAUAUUUCGAUGGCAAUCUAACAAAUAGUCGAGCUUGGGCUAUCGAUGGAACUACUAUAGAAGAUCUAUUUUUCCUCCUGCAACCAUAGAAAAAUAAUAAUUUUUUAUGAGAAUUCGGUAUUGCUAAGGAAAUUUUCUCAAUAAAAAUUGAACUUUUUUAAUUUUUUUUAACCUUCAAGAAGGUUUUGAGAUCUGUUUUGCCACUAUUCCCUUACUUCUCUCAUUGUUUUCAGGUCCUCCAGUGGUGCUCUUAUGAGUUAAGCACUCUACUGGCCCUGAUAAAACGGCACGUGAUAGGUGAGCUUAAAAAUAGUAAGAAACGAACUACUUUUUGAUGCAGAAGUGGCACCGACGAUGGCGGUUCUGGCCUACACAUGGAAGUAUCUCAUGCAAACGAUGCACGAAUUAACGACCAUUGGUGUCCAUUUGAGCUUCGAAGUGGACUUCAGCUUAGGUUGAAACGAGUAAAUGGUCAAAGUUUAGGUUUAUCGACUCCUCGGAAACUGUUUGCAGUUGGCGCUGAAGACGAACUUUGAUAACAUCAUGCAGGGCAUGCGAAUGAGAAUCGCGGUUUGCGAAACGCAGCGAAAGGAAAACUGAAGUAUUUCAAGGAGGAGAGGUGGCGGCCCUACGUUUUGGACUCGGAGUCGGCUUUGACGCGACUUGUGGAGGAGUUGAGCGACGUCGAGAUGAACGUCGAGUGGGCGAUCACGGCCGGCGACGACGCCAAGACGUCCCUCAACGUCUCGCCUCACGUCGUCCAUUUCGCUCGCGUCGCCCACACACUUGCACGCGACUUGGCCCCUCUUCGCAUGUUAGUUCUUUCUCUCAACAACAUAAAAUGAAAAUGUUAUUGAUAUCAUCGAAAAAUGAACUAGAAAUCGUAUGUAAUUUUGUGUUGGAAGUUUUACAUGCACACAAAAAGAACUUCUGUUGAGUUGAAGGUCGCCGGUUCAAGUCGAGUGCGAAAACUACGCCGAGGAGCUCUGGAAGGAGUACCUGCAGCACUUGUCAGACAGCAUGUGUGAGAGCACCAUCUACGCCUAUUCCACUACUUUCAUUCUUACGCAGGCAAGUUUUAUUUUCCCUCAUAGUUCCAGAAAAGUUGAGCUUGUUUGCUCCAUGUCAAAGGGUUACAAUGUUUUCAUUCGGCGAACUUUUAUAAAACUUGGCGAGAUAGGAGUCCGAGAAUUAGUCGAGAAUUUCUUUAUUUUUCCUAUCAAAGGUUAAUUGAUGUUUUUUUGUUGUUGAGUAGGAUCCGUUGCAGGUUCUUCCGAUGUGUGACCGAACGCUCUACGGCGAAGAGGGUGAACUGGCGCGACUCGUCGAACUUUUCCCCAAACUCAUUCCGUACAUCAACGAAUCAGACGACGAAGGUGGCCUUCUCAAAGAAGAUGAGGAAGUCGCUCACGUUUGA